AUGCGCGCGUGGACGGUGGCGCCGCGCGAGGCGUGGACGGCGACGCGCGCGGGCGUGGUGGGUCGACGGACGCGAUGCGAUGGAUGGGUGGACGCGCGCGCUCGGACGCGCGCGGUGGAACGACGGACGCGCGCGCGCGCGCACGGAUCGCGCGCGGGGGCGCGGAUGAUCGUGGGCGCUUUGGACGAAGGGCGAGGGACGGGGAGCGUGACGCGGGCGCUCGGACGAGAUACGCGGGACGGGGAGUCGGACGGCGCCGACGCGAGGCUGGCGGUCGCGCCGGGAUCGAUCGUCGAGAGUGAUUCGCUGAGCACGGAUCUGCGAGAGCGCACGCUGAAAGCGAUUGAAAAGGCAAACUAUCGCGCCACGGCGGGGGACGUGAGCUCGAUUUCCGGCGCGAGCGCGUACGAUACGCAGAGGGCGCUCAACGCGCUCGCGGCGGAUACGCGGGCGACGCUCGAAGUCUCCAGCGUUGGCGAUCUCACGUACGUCUUCCCGAGAUCUAGUAGAGGAAUCUUAGCCUCCAAGUCGUUCAAGAUGAAGUGGGAACCGUUCUUGAACGGAACAAAGGGAGUGCUUUCGUAUUUGUUUCGCGUGGCGUUUGGGACUUCGCUCGUGGCGAGCGUCAUGAUCGUCUACACCGCCAUCUUCGCGCUCAUGGCGAGCUCGAAGAGCGGCGACCGCGAUCGAGACGAUAGGCGAUCGUUCGGUGGGCCGCGAUUUUACAUCUCUCCUUUUGACUUGUUCUGGUAUUGGGAUCCGUACUACUACCGCCGUCGACGCCUCAACCGCGAGAUGAACUUCUUUGAGGCUGUCUUCAGCUUUGUCUUCGGCGACGGAGACCCGAACAUAGAUUUUGAAAAGAUGCGAUGGGAGUUAGUCGGUCGGGCGAUUCGCAAGAACAAGGGCGUGAUGACGGCGGAACAGCUGGCGCCGUAUCUGGACACGGCUGGGUACGAAGAUGAGUCAUUUGUUUUGCCAGCUCUCACCCGUUUCGAGGGCACACCCGAGGUGAAUUCCGUCACCGGGUCGAUAAUUUAUCGUUUCCCAAACAUGGAGUCCACCGCCGGAACGACGUCCACGCGAAGUCGAGGUGAGAGCGAUGCGCUCGCGCAAGAAGAGCGAUGGGUGUUUUCCAAAGCUGAGGCUGCUCAGAGAUUCCAAGCGGGUCUGCUCGGCGUCGCAAACUUGGUGGGCGUCAUCAUCUUGGCCAACAUGAUAAACGAUCCGCAAAUUAUGUACCGUGGUCGCGAUUACAUCGAGCUCGCGCGCGCGUUCUCGGGAUUGCUUCCAGGGUUGAUGACGUACGCGGUGCUGUUCUUCAUCGUGCCGCUCUUGCGAUAUUUGCGUAAUCAGGGUAAGAACAAGGCGAUCGACGCGCGUAACAACGCUCGAUUGCUCGCCGCUCGGCGAAUCGCCCAACCCGAGCCUAGACUUGCCGCCAAACUCGCCGCGGCGUCGUCGUCUUCUUCCCAGCGCGUCGUCGGCAAGGCUGUGUACACCUCUGAGGAGGGCCGGGGCGAUGACUUCGAGCUCUCCGACUUCGAUCGUCGCCUGCGCGAGAGGAAUUAA